CAGUAAAGUUAGCAUUUAUUUUAUUUGUUAAUAUAUAUAAUGUCCGGAUUUACCGAAUCUGCGUUAGAAAAGAAGCUUGUAGAGCUUAAUAAUUCACAACAGAGUAUACAAACUUUGUCUCUAUGGUUGAUCCAUCAUAGAAAACAUCAUAAGUCUAUUGUACAAGUUUGGUUCAAAGAACUUAAAAAAGCAAAACCUAAUCGAAGACUUACUUUUGUAUAUUUGGCAAAUGAUGUAAUUCAAAACAGUAAGAAGAAAGGACCUGAAUUUUCUAAAGAGUUUUCAACUAUUUUAAGUAAAGCAUUCCAACAUAUUUCACCAGAUAUAGAUGAUAAGACGAGGCAUGGUUUAGAAAGAGUUUUAUCAGUUUGGGAAGACAGGAGUGUAUAUGAUUCUAAUCAAAUUGAAGAAUUCAGGCAAGCCUUAGCAAUAAAGAAACAAACUCAAGAACCAGAACCACUUCCCAAAAAAAGAAAAGUAGAGUUACCAGUUGUGACUAGUCGAGAUGAUGAAAUUCAAAGCCCAAGAUCACCUCCUGGAGAACCACCUGAUCCAGAAGAACUUAUAAAGGCUUUACAAGAUUUGGAAAAUUCUGCUUCUACAGAUGCAGCAGUUAGAGAAAAGAUUGCCAGUUUACCACCAGAAGUAUCAGAUUCUUCUCUACUAGGGAAAAUACAAGGCAACCAAGUUGAUUUUCAAGUUUGUGAAGACCGAGGUUACAGUCUAAGCGAUCAACCGAAAAUAACAAAUAAAGAAACGGCUGAAAAGCUUUCAAAACAGGUAGACGAAGCUUGUUCUUUACUGGCUGAUUAUAACAGUCGUCUUUCUCAGGAAUUAGAAGAUCGUAAAAAGGUUUCCAAACUACUAAGUGAUUUUACACAUUCUCAGAAGGAAAUAUUAGCACAAAUUGAACAAAAAUUAGAGGAAUAUCGCGAUAAAUUAAGGAGGGUAACUCAAGUGCGAAAUGAACUGAAAUCACACCUACAGAAUCUUCCAGAUCUUACUCUCCUACCCAGUGUAACGGGCGGUCUAGCGCCUCUCCCUUCUGCGGGAGAUCUUUUUAGUCAGCGGUGAAAUCUGUUAAGCCUGUGUUUGCACACAGUAAAAAUAAGAAUAUGUAUAUCGUAUAUGAUUUAUUAUAUACACGAUAAAUAGUUUUGUAUAACAAGCAAUGUCGUGACUAGCUAUAUUUGCAAAUAACUGAUAUAUAGCUUGUACAAAUUGCCCUCACUCCAGCACAAUGCUGCUAUAAAUUGCUUCUUCAACAGUCUUUCAGAUAUUAAGUGAAAGAUUAUCUUUUGAUAUUGUACAUAGAAAUUUCAAGCAUAUUUUUUUCUCCUGAAUUCUCUAGGUUUAAAAUUUCAGUCUGAUCCAUCAUGGUAAAACUGUAUAUGCUUUUCUUUACAUGCAGACUAUUGUUUCUUUAAUAAAAUAAAAGAAAAAUAAAUCGAGAGAUUUGUUUCAUAUUUUUAAAUUUGAAUGAAAUGGAUAAAAAAAAUAUCUGUUCAAAAAUUAUAAAUUUAACACACUACAGCUUCUUCAGACAUUUUUCUGAAAGAAAAACUAGUGAAUUACAUGUUAUGUGGUGAAAGUUUAAUACAGGGUAUUCAUUAAGUUUUAAUUAAUGGAGGGAAAAAUUGAAUGGAUUAUUUUAAAAUAGCUGACUUUAAACUCUUCACACAUUAGAACAAUUCCUAUGUUACUGUAAAUAAAAUUCCUGGUUUUGCCAUUUUAAAAUGCAUCGUAUGAAUAAAAUUAAAUUUUGUACGACAUUUCACAAAAGUUUAAAUUCUUCUCCAGCAAAAUGAAAUAUUUUAUCAAUUAUUGCAAAAAUAAAAAAAAUUAACAGUAAUUAAUUUUUGUAAAAGUUUUAAGUGUGAAUGCAGAUGACGAAUGAAUGUCAUUUUAUUUCAAAUCCAAAGUGCUGGAAUUGGAAGAAAUGGAUAAAAAUGAGACCCUCCAUUAUCAAAUUUUGCAAGUACAAAAGAUUUCAAGAGAGAUAUCUUCAAUUAUAUAUUAUUAUUAGAUUGAUUGGAAUGUUAUAUUGUAAUUUUAAAGUUGUAUUUUGUGAAACUUUAUUUGAUUUUAAUUUUUUUUUUUUAUG